AUGUCGAAGCAUAUCUUGCCAUUUACAGAGGCGAACACGAAAAGAGUAUCUUCAUUAUUCAGACAGGCCUUAAGGACUGCGUUUAAUUCGUCCCUCAAGUUUGACGCAUAUAGACGGGAAACUAUCAAAAUCAGACAGCAAUUCGAAGCUGAGAGGCAUGUCGCCGAUGUAAACGAAUUACAUAACCUUAUUAAAAAGGCAGAGCUUAAGCUUCAAGAAUGGAAGCAUCCAGAUCCUUACAUUCCUCCUUGCAGACCAGGAGGAACAAAGUACGAAAGAAAUUUGCCUUCUCCGAAAGAGCCUGUCAUCCCCGGGGAUUGGUAG